AUGCUUUCUCUUUCUAUUAUUCUCGCCACUGUAGCUGCGAUGGCCCAGCCUGCCCUGGGGCUACCCACUGAGCAGCUUGAAGCCCGACAGACUGUAUGUUCAUUAAACGAGAACACAUGGACUGCUACUAUGACUGGGACCUGCUCUAUUGACGGAGGCCCUGCUAUGAGUUGCGAUAUGAGAACCGAUCUCAAAACUCUCGUCGUAAAGAAGAACACUAUGCUAAGCGCCACAGGCCUGGGCAAUAACAAGUUCGAUUGCAAAGGAUACCAGGAAUGGCAAUGCUGCUCUUCUUAG